CGCCCCGCGGCCGGCUAGGGGAGACGCGGCGCCCCGCGGAGCCGACGUUUCGGGACACCUGGGCUGGCGGCGGCGGCGGCUCCGGGUCCUGCGAGGAAGGCAGGUGCUGCUCAGGUGCCAUUGUCUCAUCCCAUUGACGACAAGGACCGAAAAGGAAUAAAUCAAGACCCAAAGCACCUGAAUAGGACUGACAAUGGGGAAUUAGUGAUGUGCCUGGCACGGUGUGGAGCAUCCUUCUGAACCCUCUCUUCUACUUCGUUCCCGCAGCUCUGGCCUUAAGAUAUUGCAGUUGGACACUGAAGACUUCCUGAAGCAAAAUAAGACUUUAGUUGCAUAACUGAACAGUCUGAUUUUGUUUUGUUCUUGAAUAUUUCAAUCAUCUGGACUAUUACAAUUUUUGGCUUUGGUAAUUUAAGCCAUAUUGGUUACAUUUAUUUUUUUGAACACUUUUCAAAAUGAUUGACUUAAGUUUCUUGACGGAGGAGGAGCAAGAGGCUAUCAUGAAGGUUCUGCAGCGUGAUGCAGUCCUGAAGAUGAAAGAGGAAGAGAGAGUCAGACAUUUGCCUGAAAAAAUUAAGGAUGACCAACAGCUGAAGAAUAUGAGUGGCCAAUGGUUUUAUGAAGCUAAGGCAAAAAGGCACAGGGAUAGAAUCCACGGCACAGAUAUCAUCAGAGCAUCUAUGAGGAAGAAGAAACUCCCAGUGGCAGCUGAGCAGAGUAAAGACACAACAAAUGGGGCAAAGAAAAACUAUGUGAAUAGUGUCACCAAAGAUGCUUUCCUCCCCCCAGACCUAGCUGGUGUUGCUGAGUCAGAGGAGGACAGAUCAAAUCCAAGCAUGGUUCGUCCAGCUUCCACCAUGAUGGAUAUGCCUCAAGGAAACAUAAAAAAAACACCUGUGUCUCCAUCCAAGCUAAGGAAGAAUCCAUUUAAUAGUUCAGAGUUACCAGAAGAUCACUUAUCUCAACAAACCAAAAGUGAGCAGUCAAAAAAUGGAAGGGCUGGUUUCUUUCAGACUUCAAAAGAGGGUGAACUGUCAAAAUCAAAAGAAAAGUCUUCUAUCAUGGAUAUUUCAAGUGAAAAAUUAGAAAAACCAAAGCAGAUUUUUCCGUGUCCUGAGAAUGGAUCCCAGAUCAAGGUUCCAGUCCCGAGACCCAGGAAGAUGAUCAACAAAUCGAAUGAUUUAAAACAAAAUAAUAACCAGCCAUUUCCUAGACCAAGGACAGACUCCCUGAAUGCAAAAAGGACUCCAAGAAGUAUUCUAAAGCGAAACUCCAGUUCCAGCAGCACAGAUUCAGAAAUCAUUCGUUUUUCUCAGAACAUUGAACACAAAAGCAAAACUGUGUCACCUGGCCUGACCAUUCAUGAGAGAAUUUCUGAGAAGGAGCAUUCAUUAGAAGAUGACAGCUCCUUAAACUCGCCAGAACCAUUAAAGCAUGUGAGAUUCUUGUCUGUGAAGGAGGCGCUUCCCCAGAGCCCUGGGGUAAUCCAUCACCACAAAGUGGAAGAAUUUAGUAUGUUCGAAUCUGGCAGGCUGAAGAAAGGGAGCAAAGAUGCAGCAGUCACAGAAACAUUUUGCAAUGACCCUGAGCCUUCCCCAGAUAGAAAGUCUUUGCAUUUUCAUCAAUCAGAAACAAGACCAAGUGCAUCAAAAAAUGAAACACAUCAGCUUCAAGUUAGUGGGCACCAUUCUUCCUCAGAAGUUUUAACUACAAGACCACAGUCUAUUGAGAAUUUACCCACAGUCAAUGAAGACAAAACCAAAUCACCAAAAUCACUAAGGCUUAAAUCAGAGUUAACCAAAAGCCCUGCUGAUGAACUGUCUCAUGUUGAGCCUGAGUCAUCUCGGGUGCCAGAUCACAGUUCUAAAGAUCGUCAGCAAGGUAAGCCCCUUCUUCUCAAAGGCCUAAAAGCUAAGACGGCCUCACCCUCUGAUCCAUAUGGCACUGAGAUAAGGAAGACAGUUGAUGAUUCCAUAUCUAAAGUUCUAGACUGGUUUAACCGAAGUACACAUUCAGAUGACAGUAAUUCAUCUAUUCAACAUCUCCGAGGAACAGAGCCUGAAGAAAAAGACCCAGAAUCACAGACUGCCUUGUUGGUAGAUGAUACCAAUCUAAAAGAAAGUGACUCAAAGCCUCCAUCAUCCACCAAAGCUGAACUCUCAUCUAUGGGAUCUACUUCACCAUUACAGGUAGAGAGAAAUAUUAUUCCUUCUAGAAAUUUCCAAGAUUAUAAUGUGAAUAUCAACCCCAGAUCUAGCAAGCAAGGCAAGAAAAGAUCAGGUAUAUCGCAACCAUUUGAAAUUUACAGUUCAAAUAAAGUGAGGAAUAUGGACAAUGGCCAAGUUUCAAGAAGCACAGAAGAAAGAGUAUUUUCCCCAUCCAGUAACUAUUCCUACAUUAAUUUCAAAGGAUCUGCUGCUGAAGAUCCAUAUCUAUGCAAUAUUAUGGACACUGGCAGCUUGGCUGAAGAAGAGCUGAAGCUUCAAGCUCAUGAAAAAAGUGGGGUAAAUUUAGAAGUGAAUUUUGACUCUUCAACAAUUGCCAUAGAACCCAAUUUGAAAAAUGUCCAGAAGACAAAAAGAAACGAAAUUUCUGUAGUGCCAGGGAAUAUUAAAUUAUCACCUGAGACUCCCCAAAACAUAUAUCCUUGGAUGCAGCCUGCAGUUGCACUACAAGAAGAAACUGGUAAUGUUCCCAAGAGCCAGGUACAAAGAGAAAAAUACAAAAGAGUGAGUGACAGAAUAUCAUUUUGGGAAGGUGAGACAGCGUCUUCCAAGCUAUGGCAUAAAGAAUCAACAUCACAUAGGCAUGGACAAAUUUCUAAAGAAUGUCUAGCUGUCAAGUCACAGGAUGUGUCCAUGGAUACUCUUUCUAUAGGUGAGGGUGAAUAUCAUCAAGUCACUGCCAAACAGGUGUUCCUAGAAGAGGAAGAUGAAGCAACAGAUCUUUUCAAUUUUUAUCCCUUAGAUAAACCUAAAGAGGCCAGGUUCCAAAUAUCACACUCAUCUGAAAAUUUUCCUUCAACUGACCUAACGGAUAAAGCAGUUCUUUUUCAGAAUAGUAUCAAUGAGUCUGUGAAAAGAUUGUCAGUUGUAGACAGUUUGCAUUCUAGAGGGGACAUUAUUUUACCAUUGUUGCAAUAUCCUCCAAAUAUUAGGAAUGAAAUGCAUACUCCUUUGCAGGAUGACAGAUCUCUAAUUGGUGACUCAAAAACCAACUUUAAAGUUAUGUCCUUAAGAGAAAGAAUGGAGGAACCCAAUACAGAGCAAACCUAUAAUUAUGCUCAAUUUGAAAAUUUGAGAAAGUUUUGGAACUUAGGAGCCAAUCCAAACAAUGGCCAAAACAUUGAGAAGGGUAAUAUUACAACAAGAAUACAAAAUCCUGAGACUUUUAGCAAUCAGAAACACAAAGAAUUCAGUCAUAUUAGAUCAUCAGGAGAAACUACCCAUGAAGUAGAUACACGUCUUUACCAAAGGAAUGUUCCAGCAGGAGAGGAAAUAGAAAAAUUAAAUUCAGUGCCCAUACUCCAGGUGUCACCAGAUGAAACCGCAUUUCCACUGAGACCACCCAUAAAGUCCACUCAUCAUUUGCUGAGAAAUGAGUCAUCAGAAGAAACCAUGGAAAAGAAUAGGAAAUGGCUUGUUAGUCCCAUGUCCAAGGAAGAAAAGGAUUACGCAGACCAAGCGGUUGAAGAAUUCAUGGUGAAAAUGAGUGUUUUGUCUAAAGAUUCCAAAGACACCUUUAAUGACAGCCUACAUAAACUGCAUUCGGUAGCAUCUUCAUCUGCAACCAGACCUUCUGGUCAUGAAAAACAAGAGCUCACACUGGGGGGUUCUGAAAAUAAGACAUCGCCCACAAAGACGGAUCUUGCUGAGAUGGAAAUAGAUUCCAUAGGACCUAAGGAGGCUGCUAAUGAGCAUGUGGACAAAACAAUAGCUCCUCCCAGGGUCAAACCAGACACUUGGACUGCUACUCUAGACAAAAUCCUGAAGGAAGAAACAGGAAGUUCACCAUCUCUCUCACAAAUUAGUUUUAAUUCUAUUACCACUAAGAUCAACUCUGAACCUGAAGAGAGUAAAGUUUUUGAAGAGGAGACUGAAGGGAAUCACAACAUAUCAGCCUGUGGGAGAAAGAUAUUAACUACUUUUCCAGAGGAGAAACAAACUUUGGGAAAUAAAACUCUUCCCCAGAAAUCAGAAAGUGGCAAAUGCCAGCCAAACAUGGAGAACCUGUUUCAGGUAACUGUAAGAGGCUCUAAUUCAUUGGCUCCACCUUCCCAUCUUCACAAAAAAGGUUCUUUUGUAAAUGUGGCCAAUUCUCCUCAGAUUAUGCCUUCUUUGGGGGAUACUCAUCUUGCUCCUUGUGAUAAGACACUGUCUCCUCAAAGAGAAAUCUCAGAGACUAUCGAAAAAGUCGUUCUUCCUCCCAAAUCUGCAUUGAAUGGUAUGAAUACUGCAUUGAAAAAACUUCUUAGAGAAGCUUGGUUCAGUUAUCCAACUAUAAGGGAAGUAGUUCCUGAAGAAGUAAAACCAGAAUUUCCUAACAGAGUUCAGGCAACAACUGGCAGUUCUCAAAAUUCUCUAGGACUAAUGGCACCAUGGGCUACGACAGAUGUCAUAGUUCCAGACAAAAAGGAUAUUUAUUCUUUUAAUAUAGUUUCUAACGAAUCUUAUCAUGUUGGAUCUCAUUUUCCUGCCCAGUUGUUGCCAUCAGAACAAAGCCUUGACUCAUCUGAUUCUACAGUUGCUCAGUAUGAUAAAGAGUUGCCUCAGGAAGUGGCAGAAAUUGUAAAGGAAACAAUUAUUCAACCUAAACCAGAACUCCUUGAGUUCCAUGCUGGCAUAGAAAGACUGUUGAAGGAAUCAACUGAAAUCUCAAAACAUGAAAAUGAUAGUGGAACUCGUUCUCUAUCAGAGGUCACUGAGGUGACUAAACAAACCUCUUCUCAAUUUCAUCCUGAGAAAAUAAAAGAAACCAUAGAGAAGUCUGAGGCUGCACCCAUAACCAAAAGUGCUUUUGAUGUUGGUUUUGAGAAACUCCUUAGAGAAACAUAUGGAUCUCCUUCUUAUCAGCUCCAAGAGUCCAUGCAGGAAGAAACUUCUAAGAAGAGACUUUCACAGUCAGAGGGAGCCAGGUUCUUAUGGGCCUUGCCCCAGUUUCACCAGACCCACUCUUAGGCCCUUGAAAUGAUGCUUAAAAGUAAUGAUUUCAAAUCUCAAGUAAACCAGUAUGAUAAAGUAAAGGGAGGAGACAAAGAUUUGAGUAAUUUAUCUGUAAAAGUCUACGGUUCUGAAAAUGGACUUGAGAUUCCUGAAACCCCACAAUUUUGUAUGGACUUUAAAAGAGAGAACAAAGAAACUAUGAAGCACAGAGACAGAGAAGGUGAGGUUCAAGACAUUCAAGAAAGUCCUGUUCAGGAGCCCAGCUCUAAAGUGGCCACAGAAGCAAUGAGUGAGUCCAGAGACAGACAACCUUUUCUGAUAGAUAACAAAAAUCUUAUGAAAGCCAGCAAAGUGGAAUUGAUUCUGGCAUCGCCAUGUAAGAAACAAGAGAAAGAAGAGGAAAAAGAAGCUUUCUCUGAUCCUGAUUUUUCAGAUGGAAACAUUUGUUCUAAUGCAGAAAGCUGGAGAACUACUUCCAGUUCAGAGGAAGAACCCAGGCCUGUUUUGAAAACUCUGGAAAGGAGUACUCCUAGGAAAAUGCCUUCCAAAAGUCUAGAAGAUAUUUCAUCUGAUUCAUCAAAUCAAGCAAAUGUAGAUAACCUGCCAGAGGAAUUAGUACGUAGUGCUGAAGAUGAUCAAAAAGCAGAUCAGGAACCAGACACAAAUGAAUGCAUUCCAGGAAUUUCCACAGUGCCUUCACAACCUGAUAAUCAGUUUUCCCAUCCUGACAAACUCAAAAGGAUGAGCAAGUCUGUUCCAGAAUUCCUCCAAGAUGAGAGUGAUGACAGAGAAACAGAUACAGCAUCAGAAAGCAGUUACCAGCUCAGCAGAUACAAGAAGAGCCCCGGCUCUUUAACCAAUCUUAGCAGCUCCUCUGGCAUGACGUCCUUGUCUUCUGUGAGUGGCAGUGUGAUGAGCGUUUACAGUGGUGAUUUUGGCAAUCUGGAAGUCAAAGGAAAUAUUCAAUUUGCAAUUGACUACAUGGAAUCUCUGCAGGAAUUACAUGUUUUUGUGGCCCAGUGUAAAGACUUAGCAGCAGCAGAUAUUAAAAAGCAACGUUCAGACCCAUAUGUAAAGACCUAUUUAUUACCAGACAAGGGUAAAAUGGGCAAGAAGAAAACACUUAUCAUGAAGAAAACAUUGAAUCCUGUGUAUAACGAGAUCCUGCGGUAUAAAAUUGAAAAACAAGUCUUAAAGACACAGAAGCUGAACCUGUCCGUUUGGCAUAGGGAUACAUUUAAGCGCAACAGUUUUCUAGGAGAAGUGGAGCUUGAUUUGGAAAAUUGGGAUUGGAACAACAAAGAGAAUAAACAAUUGAAAUGGUAUCCUCUGAAACGGAAGACAGCGCCAACUGCCCUUGAAGCAGAGCACAGAGGGGAAAUGAAGUUAGCUCUCCAGUACGUCCCAGAGCCGAUUGUUGAUAAGAAAAUUGCUACAACUGGAGAAGUACACAUCUGGGUGAAGGAAUGCAUUGAUUUACCACAGCUAAGGGGAAGCCAUCUAAAUUCCUUUGUUAAAUGCAUCAUCCUUCCAGAUACGAGUAAGAAAAGUCGCCAGAAGACAAGAACUGUAGGGAAAACCACCAAUCCCAUCUUCAACCACACGAUGGUGUAUGAUGGCUUCAGGCCUGAAGAUCUGAUGGAAGCCUGUGUCGAGCUGACCGUCUGGGACCAUUACAAAUUGACCAACCAAUUUUUGGGAGGUCUUAGGAUUGGUUUUGGAACAGGUGAGAGCUAUGGUACUGAAGUGGACUGGAUGGACUCUACUUCAGAAGAAGUUGCUCUUUGGGAGAAGAUGGUAAAUGCCCCCAAUACUUGGGUUGAAGCAACUCUGCCUCUCAGGAUGCUGCUGAUUGCCAAAAUUUCCAAGUGAACCAAAGUCUUCCACUAGAAACUACUAAAUGGGUGAAAUCUGAUGUUGAAAUUUUGGCCUUAUGGACAGAGAUUUUUUUUUCCCUUCCUAUUUCCUCUAACAAAUGCUAGAGUCU